AGAAAGCUCCAACCUCCGUCCAUAGCUGGUUAACAUACCAGAUAAGAAUAUUGGUAUAACCCUAACCCUAGACUUUAAACUUGGAAAAACUAGGAAUCUUGAAUUUUGGUUUGCAUCUAAUAUUACAUAUAUAGAGACAUAUAUUUUUCUUGUUCCUUUGCAUGGAAGUUGUCUUUUGCCCAAAGAAGGAUCCUUUUAAUCAUUAUUCUCUUCAUAUAUAUCCAAUAAAAAUUCUCUUCUCUAUUGCGCUUUCAAGAUUUCAAUACCCUUCAAUGGAAGACAAUCAAGAAAGCAAAAGGUCGAUGGAUGAUGAAGAAAGAAAGCAAGCGGCAAGUAGGGUUACUUUCGUCGGUCUUGAUCAAGUUCAUUCCGAUUUUGCUUUCGCGAUGGCUUUGCAAGAGCAAGAGAGAGAUUUUCAUGUCUUAGCAAACAUGGAGAGCGAUUCGGAAGAGGAAGAAGAUGAUGAAAGUGAAAGUUCGAGCGAAGAAUAUAAUGGAAAUGAUUAUGAAUUCUUUGAAAGUCAAGAAUUAGAGUUUCUUGAAGGCCAAGAUAGCAAUAGUGAUGAAGAUGAUAUGGAGGAAGAUGAUAUCGAUCCAGACGAGCUAUCUUACGAAGAGUUGAUUGCGUUAGGGGAAUUUAUAGGAGAAGAGAAGAGAGGAUUAUCUAUGGAUGAAAUUUCCAAGUGCUUAAAACCAUUUAAGCACAAAUGUGUAGAAAAUAAAAGUGGGAUUGAUAGAUGUGUGAUAUGUCAAGUGGAAUAUGAAGGAGAUGAAUCAUUAGUAGCUCUUCCUUGUGAUCAUCCUUACCAUUCUGAAUGUAUAAGCAAUUGGCUUCAAAUCAAGAAAAUUUGCCCCAUUUGUAAUUCUGAAGUUUCAUCACCAAAGAUUGUUAGGAAUAAUGUUGUUUAAUUUGUUAAUUAUAACUUAUAAUAUUGUGUUUGAUUGUAAAUUGGAAAGAAUAUCAAUAAGGGAAAAAAUUUGUUUGAAAUGUUUAAAAUUAAUUUGCUGAAUAAGAAUAGGUUUGUC